GAACUUUACUUUUUUCCUCUCACAAGAUGGCAGCCAUACCAACAACAACAUUUUAUGGAAAGAGGAGAGAUUCACACCUGUGCUACCUGGGCUUCCUGCCGAUCACAAUGACCCUAAAAUCUGUGAAUACUGGAGUCCAAUACAGUACUUUUCACAGUACAUUGAUGACAAAAUAUUUGAAGAUCUGGCAGCCUUUACAAAUCAAAGACAGCUGCAAACAACAGGAGUGUCACUGAAUACUACUGCCCAAGAAAUCAAAAUUUUCUUUGGCAUAUCAGUCCACAUGGCCUGCCUUGGCUGUCAUUGAGUGAAAUUGUUUUAGGCUAGAAAAACCAAAGUACCAGUCAUUAGGAAGAAGAUGACAAGGGGCAGGUUCUACAAGCUAAGAAGCUCACUUCAGAUUGUCAAUGACCUCGAUGUGAGUGAAGAGACAAAGAAGUCAGACAUUCAUUGGAGAGUCAGACCAUUGCUUGACCGUGUGAGGCAAGGUUGUCUCAGCCUUCCAAGGUGUGAUAAAGUGUGCAUUGAUGAGCAAAUCAUCCCACUCACAGGCCAUUGCCCAGUCAGGCAGUAUGUGCCAGGAAAGCCAAACCCUACUGGCCAGAAGGUCUUUGUACUUGCCUCUCCAAAUGGUCUCAUCCUUGAUUUUGAGGUUUAUCAGGGCAAGAACACAUUCAGGGGGCAAAGACUGGGAGUUGGAGCUGCAGCAGUCUUGCGAAUGGUCGCGUCUCUUCCUCCAGGAACUUAUGUGUUCUUAGACCUUUGUGACAGAAUGCUGAGCUUCUAUCGCAUGUCUACCAAGACGAAGAGGUGGACAUCACGUGUGAUGACGCAUUUCUUUGAUGUUGCCAUCACAAAUGCUUGGAUUCAGUACAAGUCUGACAGUAUAGCGCUAAAUCAACCAGCUAAAAACAUAGAGCACUACCUGGACUUCAAACUGCAUCUGGCUGAAGAGCUGAUGGAUAGUCCAGCAUUUCAUGACAGCAGUGAAGACAGUGAGGAAGAGUAUCACCCACCAACCAAAACAAGGAUUCCACAACCAGAGCCAUCUGUACGCAGACUAGGAGCUAGACACAUGCCAGAGAUGAUGGACAUAAAGCAUGUGGAAAGAUGCAGGAACAAGGGCUGCAAAGGCAAGACAUACAUGAGGUGCACCAAAUGCAUGAUGUUCCUCUGCAUAACAAAAACGAAAAGAUGCUUCCAGGAUUAUCACAGCUAAAAUAUCCAGAGGAAGAUGAAAUGCAGAACUGCUUAGUUAUAUGUCUUGUAGUUUAUUGUUGAAGUAAAUACAUGUAUUUUUGCUGUUGCAAGCAACAAACAAAAGAAGAAUUUUACAGAAUUGUAUCUGUUUUUUAUCAAAUGUCAAAGGUUCU